AUGGGCCUGAGCGACGACAAGGAUCGCAUUGUGAUAAACGUGGGAGGGAUCAGACACCAGACGUACCGCAGCACCCUGCGCACCAUACCUGGCACCCGCCUGUCCUGGCUGGCCGAGCCUGAUGCGCCCAACCACUUCGACUAUGACGCCAAGAUCGAGGAGUUCUUCUUCGAUCGCCACCCGGGCGUGUUUGCGCACAUACUCAACUACUACCGGACAGGUAAACUGCACUGCCCCGCCGAUGUGUGCGGACCCCUGUACGAGGAGGAGCUGGCCUUCUGGGGCAUCGACGAGACAGACGUGGAGCCAUGCUGCUGGAUGACCUAUCGCCAGCACCGGGAGGCUGAGGAGGCCCUCGAUAGUUUCGGCGGGGGGGCCCUGCUCGACCUGACGGGCGACGAUCCCGAGCCGGAUGCGAGCACGGGGAGGGGGGACGACGUGGACGAGAUGACGAGGAGGCUGGCGCACGGAGAUUCCCCCGAGGCCAGGCACGGCAGCUUGUGGCGCCGGUGGCAGAGGCAUGUUUGGGCUCUGUUUGAGGACCCCUACUCCUCCAAAUAUGCAAGGUGGGUGGCUCUCGCCUCGCUCUUCUUUAUUCUGGUGUCCAUCACCACCUUCUGUCUGGAGACCCAUGAGGCCUUCAACCCCAUAAUCAACCGCACUGAGCAGGAGGUGGUGGACAACGUCACAAUAGAGCACACCUACCCAGAAGUGGAGACCGUGGCCUACCUCACCUACAUCGAGGGUGUUUGUGUGGUGUGGUUCACGUUUGAGUUUCUAAUGCGAAUAACUUUCUGUCCCAAUAAACUUGACUUCAUUCGCAAUGCCCUAAACAUUAUCGACUUUGUAGCCAUCCUGCCCUUCUACCUAGAGGUGGGCCUCAGCGGGCUGUCGUCCAAGGCAGCCAAGGACGUGCUUGGUUUCCUGAGAGUGGUGCGGUUCGUGCGGAUCCUGCGUAUCUUUAAGCUGACCCGUCACUUUGUUGGGCUGAGGGUGCUGGGCCAUACGCUGAGGGCCAGCACCAACGAGUUCCUGCUUCUCAUCAUCUUCCUCGCACUUGGUGUCCUCAUCUUUGCCACUAUGAUCUACUACGCUGAACGAAUCGGAGCCAAUCCUAAUGACCCCCGAGCCAGUGAGCAUACGCACUUCAAGAACAUCCCGAUUGGAUUCUGGUGGGCUGUGGUGACCAUGACCACCCUCGGCUACGGAGACAUGUACCCUCAGACGACCUCUGGCAUGCUGGUGGGAGCCCUGUGUGCUCUGGCGGGUGUGCUGACCAUUGCCAUGCCUGUCCCUGUGAUUGUCAACAACUUUGGAAUGUAUUACUCCCUGGCUAUGGCAAAACAGAAACUACCGAAGAAGAAGAAUAGGCAUAUCCCACGCGCCCCCCAGCCUGGUUCUCCUAACUAUUGUAAGUCAAGCAUCAGCUCCCAACAUCAGAGCCCGAUACCCCAUGACGACAUUUUCGAGAUAAAGUUCCAAGAUUCCAAGCUAAAUGGCGAGGCGGCCAAUGCCGCCCUGGCAAACGAAGACUGCCCUCAUAUUGACCAGGCCAUAUCUCCCGAGGAGAUCUUCAGCCCCAACGAGCGAGAGCGGCCGUGCUUCCUGGUCACCACCGCCGAGCGGCCCAACCACACUGGGGGAAGAGUGAGGAGGGGUUAUGAAAAGCCUUGGAGCCUUAACAGCAUGUCUGGCAUGAGCGGGGAUGCCUCUGGAGUGUCCUCAGUGUCCGCCCUGCCCUGCAGCCCACCUUGUCUAAUGCAGCACUCACAUUCUCCCAUCCCAUCCAUUAUGUAG